AGGGUCAAUACGACCGUGAGCUGCAGUCUUGCAGAGGUGCCUGCUCACCCUUUCUUCAUUGCUGUAUACAGCGUGAUCAUCCUUGUGAGCGUGGUGCUGAACGGUUUCACCAUGCGAGUGUAUUUCUGCAAACCUCAACGCCAUCAUUCCAGCGUGACGAUCUAUCUGAAGAAUCUGGCGGCGUCCGAUUUCUUCCUUAGUCUCUGCUUGCCGUUACGCGUGGCCAACUAUGGGAGUCAAUCUGUCCUAAUGCGUCACGUUUACUGCAAUUUCGGCGCCACGGCGUUCUACCUUAACAUGUACGCCAGCAUCUUGUUUAUGGAUUAUAUUGCGGCAAACAGAUACAUGAAGAUCGUCCGGCCAUUGGAGACCCACGCUUUGCAGACAGUCCGCGCUGCCCGUUACAUUUCGGUAGCCACCUGGGUCUUCCUGCUGGCCCCCGCCUCUGCCUACCUGGUCUUGUCGAUUUCUUCCUCCUGGGGCACCGUUCCAUCGCCGGGCUGCAUUGGCUGCGAGAUGCUGCACAGUCCGCUGACGAGCCUGCUUUAUAAAGUGAUCCACACCAGCUCUGCUGUGGUUUUCCUGUUCGUGCUGAUUUCUUUAGUACUGCUUUAUCGUGGCACGGCACGCAGAAUACAGCAGGCGCAGCGUUCUAGCCAGGCUAAACCCGGCUGUAAGAAACUGAACAAGUCCAAGCGUAACAUGCAAGUGCUGGUAGUUGUCUUUUGCAUUUGUUUCGUGCCCUACCACCUUGUACGACUGCCCUACGCCUUUCUCAAACCUUCGAUUCAUCACUGCACCUGGCUACAGGCCUUCUACACCAUCAAAGAAGUAACGGUGUUGCUGUCUGUACUGAAUGCCUGUUUGGACCCCCUGAUCUAUUUCAUCUUUUGCAAAGCAUUUCGGGCACAGCUUGGAUUACAGAAACCUGACGUCUUAUCCACCCCUAGGACAAGCGUCGUCCCGGAGCUUAUAAGAAGGGCCAGUCGGACGUCUGCGACCGUAAUGAGACGCGAGAGUGUAUUUUGA